AUGCCAGACUCAGCAACCGAGCCUGCAGUACGGGCGGCUCCUUUGACAUGCCCUGGGCACACGCGACCUGUUGUGCAUUUGGAGCACUCCCAGAAACAAGAUGAUGGAACAUACUUAAUGUUGUCAAGCUGCAAAGAUGGUAGCCCCAUGCUACGUGACUGGUUAGGGGAUUGGGUUGGUACCUUCUUGGGUCACAAAGGUGCUGUGUGGAGCGCCAAGCUCAGUGGUGGUGAUGCGGCGCGUGCCGUGUCAGGUAGUGCCGAUUUCUCAGCCAAAGUAUGGGACACGUAUACGGGUGAAUGUCUACACACAUUCCCACAUCACCAUAUUGUGCGCACCGUUGCUGUGGAUGCGAAAGCCAACAAGAUGUUGACUGGUGGCAACGAAAAAACGCUACGUCUGUUCGAUUUGGGAAAGCCACCCAGCCAUGCGGACGAAGCGCAAAGUUUUCGACCCCGAAUGCCUGGCGAAGACACAUCAACGCAUGAAGGACUCAUCCGCAGCGUUGUCUUGGGCCGUGAUGCGAAUACAGAGAACAUUGUGGUGACGGCUUCGGAAAGCAAACUGAUUCAGUGGUGGGAUCUACGAUCAAUGGAGCCUGUACAUGAUAUGGUACUAGACCAUCCAUUUGUAUCGAUGGAACGGUGUGUUGGUUCUUUCGGAGAGUACGUCACGGUGACCGCUGGCCAUGAUGCCAUGUUUGUGGAUUUGGGCACCCAUGAAGUGGUUCGAACACAUACACUUGAUAUCACGCCCUCAUCGAUAUGCUUACACCCUACGCAGGCCGAUCGGUUUGUGGCGGGAUGCACGUCAGACGAGUGGGUGCGGAUCUACGAUUAUGAAUCAGGAAAAGAACGUGAGCUGCAUAAAGGACAUCAUGGUCCAGUCCACUGCGUAAGUUACUCGCCGGAUGGGGAAGUCGCAGCAAGCGGCAGUGAAGACGAGCUGCUAGAGUCUGACUAUUUCAACGUCGCCAAGCCGCAUUUGUGUACGCAUGCUGGAUGUGCCAAAGCGUUUGCACGACGUUCAGACCUUCUGCGCCAUGUACGUAUUCACACCCAAGAUCGCCCCUAUCGUGUGCACCCUGAAGAGGACCGACCCAUGACACCGUCAUCUGUUCUUACAUUCCCCGAUAUGCCACCGGUCCCUCCGAUCACAGCUAUCAAGUCGGAGCCUGUCGCGAAAGGUAUGGCAACAGCAGCCGAACGACAGCAGCCAGUGCUCCUUGCGCCCAUGUCAGCACCUGUGCGUGGCUCUUGUAUGUCAUGGCUUACGACGCCACACCCCAAGGAUGCUACGCCGCUUUCUCCCAUAUUCCCUACGCCAACAACAGCACUUUCGGCUCCAUGCGUACCGCCCCCACCACCACCGCCGAUCUUAAGCCCGAUCCCAACGCCUCCAGCGACAGCUCCGUGCUUGCCCAUGUCUGUCCCCAUGCCAAUUCCAUCGCAGUCCAUGAUUCCAGGUGCAUCAGGAAGCAAGAUGGAUCAGAUCACACCUGUGCCCUUGGCCCUGUCUUUACCACCGGGCCCCGCACCGCCAUCGUCGGCCGCCUGGUUGUCAACCAUGAACCCCAACUUCCCACCGACACCUGUUACGCCAUCUAUGCCCAUGCCGCUAUCAUUACCUGUUCCACAGAGUCCAUCGUUCCCGAGUGGUCCGGCGCGAGGAUGGCCCUGUCGUUCAUAG